UGAGAAUAGUUUGUCCCCCUUUUCUCUCUUUAUUUUCUUCUUCACAUCUUUGUCCACCGAAAUAGCAUAAGCAGCACUGUGCUCUUCUUCUUGUUCUUAUUUAUCUUUGAGAAUCUGAAACCAUUGUUUACUUGUAAUUUAUAGUACAAGUUUCGAGCUUUAGAUCUUUCAUUGUAUCUCAGUUGCUUUUGCAGGUUGAAUAGUAGAUUGAGAUUAGAAAUUUGGAUUACUUUGAGUGAAGGCUGAAGCUCAUGUACGGUUGUAAAGGUUGUUGCCAGUUGAAUGAUGGUUCAGUUUAGACUUUCAAAAUUACUCCUUUUACCUUCUGAUUGUUGAGUUGCUCGUUGGUUGUCCGAUCAGUUCAAAGCUAUGGGUUCAUUUGCUGGUAGUUGUGAAAUAAUUGAGGCCAAAGAUGAGCUGCAUUUUUUCCAACAUUCUGAAAGGUCUCGUCGAGUACGAGAACAGGACAGAAAGCAGAAGCCUCCUUUGGCUAGAAAAGGACCUAAUAAAUUCUUAGAAGAUGAUAUCAAUCAGCUUUUUGAAUCUAUCAAUCUGAGAUCAUCAAAGAGUCUGGAUUUGUCAGAUCAAGUAAUAAGAAGAGAUGCCUCAAAAAGGCCAAUGAAGGGCGGCGGAUCUCAUUCUCCAGGAAUUGGAUUUUCAGAGCCAGUCUCUUUAAAGCAGGCAUUACGAGGUUUGUGCAUUUCGCAGGCGGCAGAAAUGGCUGCGACGAAGCGGUUAUCCAAGCCACCGGGUUUACAAGAUGAAAGCACAUCAGGAAUAUUCGACAAAGUGGCCCAUUACCGCCAAGAAUCAUAUGUUAAAUCAGCAAACCAUAGUCCCCAUUCUUCGCCACGACUUGUCGUUAAGCCAACCAUCUCAAUGCGCCAAAAUCACAGAAUAGUGCCAGCAGAAAGCACGUCUAACUCUUCCCAGAGGACGGCGCAUCAGUACAUUGGAGAGCCCAAGCUACAGUCACCAGGUCAAAGCACCCAUUGUUCUCCUAAAUAUAUUAGUAAACAGGCUAUUAAAAGUGCAGAAUCCAUUGCCAAGCAAAAUGAGAGAAUGUUGACGCAAGAAAAUGUUCCGAACUCAAGUAAAAAGGUUUCUCAACAGCUUACACAAGCCAAGUUGACGUCACCAAACCAAACUGCUUUAUCUUCGACUACACUUGUUGAUAAACCAGUCAUUAUUUGUGCGGAGUCAACUGUGCGGCGAAAAGAGAAGAUGGUGCCAGCAGAAAGCAGGUCAACCACUUCGCAAAAGGAUAAUGCAUCUGCUUUGAAGCAUCGUGAGAUUAAAUCUGUUCGAACUGUGUUAAUUGAGGAAGAAGCCGAAAUUUCAGCAACAUCCUCAUCUUCAUUUACCUCUGGUAAUGAUGCAUUGGGUUCUGGACCAAAAAGUUUGCAACAUAAUUCUAAUAAAAGUGUGGUUACAUCAUUUAGGAUAGCAAACAAAGCAGCUCCUAAGCUGAGACGGAAAGCCAGGUUACAAAACAUGUCUUCAUCUAGUGCCACGAGAAGCAACAAGGAGUCUAAAUCAAACAAAAGCAACUCUCAUGCUGUAAAGCCAACAGCAAAACCAGCAGUCAAGAACAAGACCCUUGUCAAGAAGAAAGUGAAACCGGAAACAACAGUAACAUCUGGUACUUUUAACGUGACCUAUGAAGUAAAUGGUCCAGUGGAAUCACCGAAGCAACAACUUAUCUGCCAGAAAUGUCAGUGUUCUCUCAAGAAUGCGGUAAACGAGUCUAGUAACACACCUGCAACUCAAGGUUCUGGAUGUACAACCGCUGAAGCCGGUGAAAAUGGAAGUAACUGUCAUGCUACUAAACUCAACAAGCCAUCAAAGUCUAGAGAGCAAGGGGACUUUUCACAGAGCUCAAAGAGUAGUAUAGGUGAUUACAGUUGUAGCACGACAAUUAGUGAUGAGAGCAAUCUAAGUGGGUCUAGUACCGGGAAUAGGCCACACAUGUCUAAAGACGGCAGGUGGGCGGCUAUAAAUCAGGUGAGGAAACAUCAUGGAUUCUUGGGGCUGAGUCAUUUCAAUUUAUUAAAGAAACUUGGUUGUGGAGACAUCGGCACAGUGUAUCUAGCUGAGCUGCUGGAAACUAACUGCUUGUUUGCAAUAAAAGUUAUGGAUAAUGAAUUUUUGGCAAGAAGGAAAAAGAUGCCCAGAGCCCAAACUGAAAGAGAGAUUUUGAGAAUGCUAGAUCACCCUUUUCUACCAACACUGUAUGCGCAGUUUACAUCCGACAAUUUAUCAUGCUUAGUUAUGGAGUUUUGUCCUGGUGGUGAUUUGCACGUCCUCAGGCAAAAGCAGCCGGACAGAUAUUUUCCUGAACCAGCAGCACGGUUUUAUGUUGCUGAAGUCCUCCUUGCUUUGGAGUAUCUGCAUAUGCUAGGAGUUGUAUACCGGGAUUUGAAACCAGAAAACAUACUGGUCCGAGAAGAUGGUCAUAUCAUGCUUACUGAUUUUGAUCUCUCACUCAGAUGUUCAGUUAAUCCGACUCUUCUAAAAUCAUCUUCACUCGGGGUGGAGGCUCCCCGGAUGUCUGGUCCAUGCACGGGUUCUAACUGCAUCGAUCCGUUUUGUUCUGGACCGUCAUGUCAAGUUUCUUGCUUUAGCCCCAGAAUUUUACCUGCCAGCGCACGAGCAAGAAAGCUAAAAGCGGAAGCUGCAUCCUUUAGCAGAUCACUGCCUCAGCUUGUGGUAGAGCCAACAGAAGCACGGUCCAACUCAUUUGUUGGUACACAUGAAUAUUUGGCUCCUGAGAUCAUUAAAGGCGAGGGACAUGGGAGUGCUGUUGAUUGGUGGACCCUAGGCGUUUUUCUUUACGAGCUUCUAUAUGGGAAGACACCAUUUAAAGGUGCUGGAAAUGAAGAAACUUUGGCCAAUGUUGUCAUGCAAAACCUCAGAUUUCCCGACAGUCCGAUGGUUAGUUUUCAGGCGAGGGAUCUAAUCAGAGGGCUUCUUGUGAAGGAGCCUGAGAAUCGAUUGGGAACGGGAACAGGAGCUGCUGAGAUUAAGCGACACCCCUUCUUCGACGGCCUGAACUGGGCAUUGAUAAGAUGUGCUAUUCCACCUCAAGUACAUGAUCUUUGUGACAAUAUUGGAUUUGCAAAACCAGCUUUUCAGGAAAAGAACAAAAUGUUUUUAGAGUAUAGUUCCAAAGAGCAUUUAGAAUUUGAGCUGUUCUAGUAAAGCUUUGUGUCACCGUGUGGUUAGGAUGUAUCCUCUGCAUCCACCCCUUGUAAUUAAAUGUCAUAUACAAUGCUCAAAACAUGGAAAUUUUCUUCUAUAUUACGAGAAUGAAAGUUACAUAGCAUCCCAA